AACAUGGACCCGUGUCAAGGACGGACUCGAUUUACACUGCUAUAGACGACGAGGAACAACUUAUUACAUACUUUGUGCAGGUUUACUGGAUUGUAUUGCGAAAUUAUAAACGGAUUUUCUCCUCUGACGUUUCCCUGACAUCCUCUCUGCUGUAUCUGGCCUGGAUCAAUGGUAUCUAUCAGCAGCAGAACGCUGACUUUGGACAAUGAACUGUUUAGGGACAGUGGCAGCCCGUACUCCCCCAGCCUAGGGCAGGGCAUGGGCAGUGAUGGGGGCAGCUUGGUCUCAUGUUACAGCCCCGAGACCGGGGAGCUAGGAGCCUUGCUCAGCUCCAGUCCUGGAGAACAGGAGGAGGAGGACGAUGAGGAAGAGCAGUACAUGGACGAGGACGACGGGUCCAGUCUGCAUAUUUUUCUUGGUGCGGGCGGUGAGGAGGAGGAGCUCCAGGCGGCGGGCGAGGAGGCUGGCCUGGCGCAGUUCCCGCUCCGCCUGCCGUCCCCCUUCUCCCCGACCCUGGAGGACAUCGAGGAGUUCCUCCGGGAAAAGAUGGAGCUUGUCCGGGACGGCCGGCUGGGCUCUGUCAAGGAGCCCCCUCCGGCCUCCGUCUGCAGCAGUAGCAGCAGCAGCGAUGACCCUCCGUCCGUCAGCGAGCACGUUUUGGCCCUGUCCCCCUCCCCACUGGCAUCGGCGGCGCGCGGGGACCCGGCCGGCAGCUCCUGCCUGGGCUCGGACAGCCCUCAGAGCCCCCCGCCAGACCCCCGCCCGGCCCUCCCCCCUACUGCAGCCCAAAGAAGGACCUCAUCCCCGAUCAGAUACGUCUCCGUGCUGCAGUCCCUGCCUCUGGCCCCGCCCCACGCCAACGGGAGUUCCCCCCCAGCCGGGGCGGCCCCAGCCACGGCGGUGCGCCUGGCCCACCUGGUGCUGGGGCUCCACGGCCCCUCGGGGCCCAACUUCACCCUGCUGUCCCCGCAGGGCGGCUCCGCCCACCACACCACACUGCUGUCCCUCAGCGGCACGGCGGACCAGAAGUACGUCAGGAUCGCCCCUCUGCCCAUCACCAUGAGAACUCUGGAAAUAACCAGCAUCGCGGGGGCUGGGGGCGCCAGCCUGCUGAAGGCAGUGGCCCCCAGGGUGAACCGAGUGACCAGCAUGUCAGAGACCCUGAGGGUCCACAAGUGCUCGCACCCGGGCUGUGAGAAGAUGUACACCAAGAGCAGCCACCUGAAGGCCCACUUCCGCCGCCACACGGGCGAGAAGCCAUACACCUGCAGCUGGCCCGACUGCGGCUGGAGGUUCUCCCGCUCCGACGAACUGUCCCGCCACCGGCGCUCGCACUCGGGCAUCAAGCCCUACGAGUGUUCGCUCUGCGAGAAGAAGUUUGCCCGCAGCGACCACUUAUCCAAACACACCAAGGUCCACCGCAGCUCCCGGCCCGGCCGCAUCAUCAGUGCCACCGUGUGACGCCUUCACCCCCCGCCCCCCCCACCCCCC